UUUUUGAAAAAUACGCGUGGUCAAAAUCUUGUCAUACGCGUAUUGGAUUGUGUGAAUACUUCUACCAAGAAGCAGUGUGACUGAGGCUGCUGAGGUCACACAGCACGGUACGUGCGUCAACUUUUCCCCGCCCCCCGUCAGGUAUACUCUCUCUCAUCAUAAGGGCAAUAUGAAACAGAAAACCGCGUCGAGGCAACUGGACCAGAAGGGAGGACGGAUUGUUGGGAAACAGGCAAGACAGGGACGCGAAACCGUGUCGACCAGAGGCUUUCAGAGCCAGAAUGUGGCAGACGUACAGGCCCACAAGCGCAAGAACGCGUCCAAGAUCAGGACGACGGCUACCUCGGCUCACGUCUCAUGGAAAAAGCAUCCAAAUGGACGGCGAAGGGCUGCCGAAACCGACUCUGGUGGAAGUGUAGAAAGCAGGGAGUCGGAGCUGGCCAAUGAAAGCGAAGAGGAACUCAAUCUCGAGCAGAACUCAGCCCAUGACACCAGUGGCCAGGAAAGUGGACCCGAGGACGGCGGGAAAUUUCUGCUGGGUGAAUCAUCGGAAGGUGAAGAUGGUUCCGAUGAGCAAAUUUCAGAGGGAUUUGGAGUCGAUUCGGAAGAGGAAGAGGAGGAUAGUAUGUCUUCUGAGAGAGACGAAGAUGAAGAUCACCAGCAGGGUCCAGUCUCCAAGAAGAAACGGAAGAGGUUUGCCACCGAAAGUGAACCCGUCGAUGACGACGAUGAACCAGAAGGCAUUGGCAGGAAACGAGGAGCAGGCCUGACCCUCUCCGGUGGAGUCGUUCUCGACCCGUCUUCCAUGGAUCUCGCUGUCGUCAAGCAACGCAUUGAGGAGACGCUUCACAACCUAGCGAACUUUGUCCAGUUCCGAGUGUCGCAAGAAAAUAAACGACGGAAAAGCGUGGCACAUCAGAGUUCUUCGAAAGAGGAUAUUGGUGCCGAUGGAGGAGUUAUCACGCGGCGACAGCUUAUAGAUCAGUUGGCUGCGGACAUCGUUAGCUACUAUCAGUAUCGACCGGAGCUCGUAGAAUAUUUUCUGCAGCUGUUCAAACCCCAGGAGGCCUAUGCAUUCUUCGAAGCGAAUGAGGAAAACCGUCCUAUGACACUGAGAACGAACUCGUUAAAAACAAGACGUCGGGACCUCGCGGCUGCGUUGAUUGCACGUGGGUGCAAUGUGGAUCCACUUGGCGAGUGGACAAAAGUCGGACUAAAAGUUUACGAGUCCACUGUCCCUGUUGGCGCGACUCCCGAGUACUUGGCAGGGCACUACAUGCUUCAGUCCGCUGCAUCCCUGAUUCCCGUGAUGGCUCUCGCUCCUCAACCAGGCGAGAAGGUCGUGGACAUGGCAGCGGCUCCAGGCGGCAAAACUACGUAUAUUGCUCAGCUGCUCAAGAACGAAGGCAUCCUUUUCGCAAAUGACGCCAAAAAGGAACGCUGCACGUCACUCAUGGCCAAUUUGCAUCGGCUUGGUGUGACCAACUGCAUCGUGAGCUGCGUGGAUGGUCGUACGCUGCCCACCAUGUUGCCUCCUAUGGACCGUGCCCUCUUGGAUGCGCCAUGCACCGGAAGUGGCAUCAUCGCGAGAGAUCCAUCUAUCAAGGUCAAAAGGAAGCCAGAGGAUUUCGCGGAGCAUUCCAAACUACAGAAGCAGCUGCUUUGUGCAGCUGUCGACGCCGUCAAUGCGGAUUCCCCAACGGGUGGCUACAUUGUGUACUCCACGUGCAGUGUUUCAGUUGAAGAAAAUGAACAGGUUGUCGACUACAUUUUGACGGCAAGAAAUGUGAAGCUCGUUCCACUCGGAGUGGACAUUGGCGUUCCUGGACUCUCUGGAUUCCGAGGGCAGCAGUUCCACAACUCUGUCCCCCUGUACACCCGGCGUUUUUACCCGCAUGUGAACAAUUUUGACGGGUUUUUCGUGGCAAAGUUUAAGAAGCUGUCCAACAAGAAACCAGAGCGCGUGCAAAAGGAUCGACGUAAGCAUAACCCUUUUGUCAAAGUGUGGGAUAAAGAGCACUGGACUCCAGAAUGCAUGGAUCAGCUGAUGACAUUUGAGGAGAAGGAGACGACAGAAUCUAAAACGUCAAUCACAAAGGAGAAUAGUGGAAAGGGCUCCGCACUAUUGCCGAUGAGGGAAAGGAAACAGAAAUCGGGAGCUGAUAGGGUACCCUCGAAUGCGGAAUCAAAAAGGAUUUCUUCAGUACGGGAGGCUGCCCCUGGAAGAGAGGCCAAGACGUCAAACACUUCUCCUGUGGCCUCGGGAUCCAGGAGUAGUGAGGGUUCCUCCCCUGUCUCUCCGAAGCAAUCAGUCUCCAGUGGAGGAGCGAGACCGGCUCAGGGGAAGCGGCCGCAGAAGAUGGCGAAUAUAAAGGGGAAAAAAAGCGAAUCGGGGGUUACUGAUUUGAGCUCCAGCGAUAGUGCUGGUAGUCCGGCCCCGACAGAGGUCAAGGGAGGGAAGGGAUCCGCGGAAAGGUUAGGUGGUCAAGGCAAAACCGAUUCGGGGAAAAAAGUCGGUGUGACUAAAAAGAAUUCUUCCGUUAAGACACAUGAAAAAGCAAGUAUUUCUAAGAAGCGUGCGUAGCUUGCUGGUGGAAGGGGGUGACGGUAGAUCUUGAGUCACACCACUUCUGUUUUUGCUGUGUUGACUUUGUUUGCGUUGCUUUUACUUCUUCCCGUUUCUGCAAAGCAAGUUGACACAAAAAUAAAUUUCCCUCUUCUUCAGUCUGUGGACGGAUGUUUUGUCACCAACACCUCACCGUAGAGAAACUCUCUAUUAGUACGUGUUCCAGUG